AGACUACUUUUAUGUUGGCCAUCAACUUACCAUAACUGACCUCCUUUAUUUGGGCCUAGGAGUGGCUGUGCUUUGCAAACUAACAUAAAUAUGUGUGGUCAUUGAUUGUAGUUUUCAGCCUUGUGUUUCUGUACGGAGGUUUCAAUUUAAAAUAAGCUUUAAAACUUCAUAAUAUAUGUCACUUAGAGUAGCAAAAUAAUCUGUAUUUCACCAAAUGUAUUUGUUUCAAUUGUUGCCUUCUUUAGUUCAUCACGGAGCCUCAAAGCAAACACCUAAAGGCAUUCUUUCUAUCAAACACAAGGCUCUUUUAGGCUCUCUUUAUGCAACUUCAGUCUUAGCUUCUUCGUUGUCCUACUUUCUUCAGAUUAUUUACAUUCAAUUAUGCCGGAUAAUGCUAAGUGGGACGAUGAUACACAUAUUAUAUUUCUUGAUUUGUGUGAGCAAGAGGUUAGAAAAGAAAAUAUACCAAACACUUACUUAAAUAAAUAUGGGUGGAAAAGUAUUGUUGACGAGUUCCGUAAGAAGACGGGAAAAGACUAUGAUAAGAAAAAUAAAAAAUCAUUGGGAGUACAUGAAAGGCGAAUGGACACUUUUUAAGCAGUUGAUGAGAGGGGAGACAUGUUUAGGAUGUGAUGCCAUGAAAAAUACGAUUACGGCAGAUGAUGAUUGGUGGGAGCGAAAAAUUAAGGAGAAUACAAAAUAUAAGAAAUUUAGGAACAAAGAUCUUUCGCUCAUAUGGUUUCGCUACGAUGCACUGUUUGCUGAUGUUGUUGCCACAGGAGAAAGAGCACGUGCAACAAAUCAAGAACAAUCAUCUGGCAUUGGACUUAAUCUUGAUGAAGAAGGAAUAAAUGUUAUUGAUGAUUGUGACAAAGAACACUUUAUUCAUCUUAAUGAUGAAAUGGGUGAUGCAAGUGAUGAUCUACAAAAUAUAAAUUCUGUUAUAUUUCCAGAGCCAUCACUAAAAAGACAAAAAUCAACUGAUGGUGUUAGCACCAGUAGUCAAGUACGAAAGAGUAAGAAAAAACAGCUGCAACAUUAAUAAAAGAGGAUAUACACUCUCUCAUAGAGUUUAUGUCAAGCAAAAGCACUGCUACAUCUCCUGCAGUUGAUGAGACAUCCAUCGAGAAGUGUAUUGGCAUGUUGGAAUAAAUUUCUGAUAUUCUAACUGGGAGUGAAAUUUACAGUUUUACUAUGAAUAUGUUCCGCAAGAAAAAUAACCGACAGAUAGUUUUGGGUCGCAAGUCUUGGUUGGAGUUUAACUAUCAGUUAUACCUCAAGAAAAAUGGAUAAUGUAUCAUUGUGGUUGGGUAUUUCUAGUAUUCCAUGUUCUAAUA